AUGAGGCCGGGACGGGGGCAGGCACAGCCGGUGGAGCCCCGGCCGGUGGAGGGCGCGACGCGGCCGGCCAAGGAGCGGCCGGAGCGGGCUGGUACACGGCGCGACGCGGCCGGAGGCAGGCACAGCCGGCCGGUGGCGGGCAGCGACGGGGCUGGUGAUGGCCGGCAUGAGCUCACCGUUGCACGCAAGCGGGGAUAUACCGUCGACACCUGGGAGUCAUUUCGUUCUCAGGCAAAACAACGCUUUCCUCGCAUCGCAGCGGAGCAGCGAGGCCCUUGCCGGAAGCGGGCUCUGGACACGGUGGACCCGGAUCCUUAUAUUCAUUGGACCGACCUCAAGAUGGGCCGCACCCACACCCCGCGCCCCGAUGCUCCCUCAGCCAGCGUCAACCCACAGGUCCUGGACCAUGCUACGCCGCUGCAGGCCGAGGGCAAGAAGAAGAAGGCGCCGGCAUCUGAAGCCGGCCCCAGCGAGGCUCCUCCCGUCAAGCUCCCCCGGCAAGAAGUUGUCGGCGGGAAGGUGGUCUCCAAGAAGCAGUACAAGAAGCGGCAGAUGUCGGUCGCUUCCGGAAAGAAGAAGAAGACUGCGGGUUCUUCCCCCUCCAAAUCCGUGCCGGACUCUUCCGCGCCGGCAGGCUCAGGUUCGGGCCAGGACGCACCCGACGCCCGCUCGCCGCCCGAGACUACGCCCGCGCCUCCACCAGAAGCUCGCACCGUCGAGCCAACCGGGGCCAAACCAACACCGCCACCCAGCAAAGGACCCACUGCGGCCGAGCCUACGCCGUCUCCAAGCCAAGGACCCGCUGCGGCCAAGCCGACGCCGCCGCCAGAAGGCACCAAGCUCCUCAAGCCGGAACCUUCUAAGGCGAAGGCCACGACUUCUGGCACUCCUACCUCCGGCCCGCAGCCCUUGGUGCUGCACGCCGGCCGUGCCGCUGUUGUGGCCGGAGACACGGCUUUCGGUCAGCUGGGCCAAAUUACGGAGCUGACGUGCGGAGGCAACGAGCUGGGGCAUUUGCUCGAAUACGCUGAGAAGUGGAAUCGAGCGGAUGUGUCCGCGGCUACGCGCGGCCUGGGGAAAGACCGGCUUCCGGCGAUUGACCCCGCUGGCCCCCGGUGUACUGAGCAGCACUUCAUGUGGCUGCGGCGCGCGGUCAAGGAGCUUGACAACGCGUGGCAUGAUGUCGCCAACAACGUGGUGGUAACUGAAAAGGAGCAGCUCAUCACCGCGCAUCGCGAGGUGAAUGAGCAGGCCAUGCAAGCUAGGCUCCGGCACGCGCGCGAGCUCGAGGAGGCCCAGGCUGCGGCUGAAGCCAAACUUGUUGAGUCGCUGGAGGAGUACACCAACAACACUGCGGUGCUGCGGGCAGAGCUGGAGGAGGAGAGCAAGGCGCGGAAAGCGGCGGAGCAUCGGAUUGAACUUAUGACCACUGAUCAUAGGGACGAUCGGCUGGUCAUGCAGAUCGACGCGCUGGCUCUCAGGCUCUUCCCGGACUCCCAGCCGCACGCGCUGAAGAAGGUGAUGGACGACAGGGUGGCGCGAGAAAUGCCCAACCUGGACGUGCCUUGGGACGGGUACGACUAUCUGGUCGCACUUUCCGCCCGAGUCCAGCACAUGCGCUCCGUGGAUCGGCACCUUGCUGAUCUUCCGGAGGUCACCAUCCAAAUCUUCAAAGUGCUGUGGCCUGGAGAGGCAGUGCCAGCCAACGUCACGCUUACCGCCGACCGGCUGAAGGAGGCAGGGCGCCGGAUUCGUGAAUGGAAAUGCUCGGCCGCCCGUGCCGGAGCGGAUGUUGCACUGCGCAUUGCCUGCUCCUGGUACGAGGAGCUCGACCUAGACGCCCUCCAUAGUCUUUGUGGCGAUGCACCCACUGAUACGAAUGCAGUCCUUACCGCGAAGCGGCAGGACCGAGCGUACCGGAUCGCGGAGUUUGCCUCUACCAGCACUUUUAUCCCUCCUCCCUCCGAUGUCCAAGAUGCACUUUCUGACGAAGAAGAAGACAUCGAGGAGGAAAAGGAUGAAGAUGCCGGAGAAGACCAGGUGCCUUUAGCGCAUGCCCCGAAAGCCCCUGAGGCCGGUUCCGCUCCUCCUAAAGCUCCCGCAGCUGGCUGA